UUGUUCCCAAUUAAGAUCUAGCCGCGCAGGUACUCACUGCAAUGUCACACCUGUGUCGUUAUUUGCUUAGAGCUCUCAGACAUUCUGCAGGAGUUUACAGACAAGGCACCAUGAAGUUGUCUGGAUCAAUGAUUGUGUUAGCUCUCUCUUUUUUGGCGAUUGUCACCAUUGUCAGUGCCUCUCAUUCGUUUUCGUAUCCCAUAGCAUGGGAUAACACCAGCAGUAACGUAAUCAACACCGGACUUGUACGUAAACAGCUCGUUGUCAACAUUGAAGAUGUCAUCGAAGAUGAAUAUGGAAAUCGGUUCAUAAUCACUCUGACAGACCCAUUUGAUGAUAUGGAGGACGAAAAAUAUGGAAAAAAGAAGUAGAACUACUAAGAUAAAAUUAAUCCAACUUCAAGACCUUAUGUUGUUAAAAUGUAAUCAGUAUAAUAUUUGUUAUAAUAAAUAAUUUGUAGACACUAUAA